AGUUGCGUCCCUUGUGUGGAAGUCUUUGACAGAAAAGCGGGAGUUACUGAUGAUUGCUGAACUGGAAGUUGCAAACCAUGAGCGAUCUGUCAUUAUUGGUGGUUUGAUACUUUAGUAUACUGUUGAGCUACCUGUUGGCACAAUAAGGUAAUUGACGUCAAUCGUAUAAUCUGAUUGGAGGCCAGGGAAGGUCAUUAUAUAAAAUUGAUUUGUGAACAAGAAUUAAAGGAACCACGUCAAACCUAUAAACAUGUCCUCAGGUGCCACACAUUUUGGUGUUGUUGACCAGGCGAUCAAGUCAAUGAAAACUGUGGAGGAAUAUAUAGAUGUUGGGAUGGAGACUACAAUUGAUGUUGUACAAGACUUAGUGGAGAAUGACAAAGAAAAUGAGGCUGGGGUGACGGAGCUAGAGGCAGUUAUGAAAAGUUAUAUAAAGAUGGAAUCAGAUCUGCACAGGUUCUUGGAGGCAGUUCAGCAAGUCAGACACAAGGCAUCCAAGUCACGGGAGCGUUUGGACUUGGAGAGUCUGCUUGAUAAGACUUUAGAAGAAUUGCCAGAAGGCAACGUGGAGCUUCUGUGUCAGGACCAUGAAAAGUUUAAAGACUUCAAGGAAAGAAUAUUGGAAAUUCAAAACCCAGAAGACGAGUCCGUCCCAGCAUUGGCCGGGUCAUCAAGUACAGUAGACGAUGAUGUGGCCAUGACACAGCCAGAGGUUAAUACUCGAUGUCCGUAUACGGGAAUGGAGAUGAAAAAUCCUGUGAAAAAUAAACUAUGUGGACACAAGUAUGACAAGGAGGGCAUCAUGCAACACAUCAAAAACAAAGGAAAGCGUGCGAAGUGUCCUAUUAACGGGUGUGGGAACACAAAAGCUUUGGACGUUAACUGUCUGGAAGAAGAUCGCGAACUCAAACGUUACAUCGAACGCAAACAAAGAGGAAAACGCUCACAGCGAACUUAGCAACAGGAUUAAAUCGUGUGCAAGUUUUAAUUUUGAAUGCUGUUUUUUUUUAACAAGUUAACGUUCUACUGGAUAUUUAAUAUGAACUCGUAACAUGCUGUAUGUACCUGUAUGUACCUGUAUGUACCUGGACAGUUGUUUAUCUGUUUAAAAAAAAACUAAACAUAAAACUGGUGAUUCCGAUGAAAUUAUACUUGUAGGCUAUAAAUGGAAGCCAUCGGAUUUCAUGUUGAUUUCAUUUUCAUUAUUUACAUCAUUUCCUUCCCAUGAAAAAAAUUCUAUUAAGCGAGAGAAAUACUGGCUUUGUAUAUGUUACUGUUUUAAUUAAACUACUUUUUAUUGUCCCUGUUUGGUAAACCUCUUAUUCCUGAAGUUGGGUAGAUAUUUAACAGAAAUAGCUCUAAUCUAAGCUGUGUUGUAUCAGAUUUGUCACGCAUGAUUCAUUUUGAAAAUUAUAGAAAAAUUUUAACGUUUAAUCGGUGCUAAUUGAAGACAUGAUUUGAAUCUGUGACAAAAAGAAUUUAAUGAAAAUUUUGAUAGACAAGUAGUGUUUCUGUAAAAAAUUUAAAUUUUUACAUUUUUUUUUAAUUACAAGUGAAAACAUUUUGGUAUAAAAGAUUUGCAAUACCUGUAGAUCAAGAAUCGGCCUUGGUGAGAUAUACAUACUUAUUCAGUGUAGUUUUCUGAUCUUCCAGGAAGGUACAUUUGCAUAUGUAAAUAAUUAGCUGUAUUGAGAGAAAGGAAAAGAAAUAAUGAUGGAUUAGGAAUAAUUCAAGAGUGAGAGAGAUGAAAUUGUGAGAAUUGAGAAGAUGUAUUUUUAAAAGUUGAGAAUUGAAUAUAUAGAGAUAGAGAGAACUUAAAAUGUUUGAGAGAGGUGUAAGAUUGAUUGAAUUGAGGAAGGGAGAAGAAGUAUAGCAAAAACUAUAUUGAUUGAUAGAGAAAAUUUUAAUUUUGAUAUGUAAAACAUAUUUGUUUCUUUAAAUUAAUUAAAAUUUCAUCAAUUGUGUUACAUAAAAGGUGAUAAAUUUGCCAUCUGGAUCAGUAUGUUUUAAUUAAGAGUCAAGUAAGUUUAAAGGUUGCCCCUUAAAAGUUCAUUAUUUCAGAAAUAAGGAUAGAAAAUAAGAAAGAAUUUCAAGAUUAAAGUUUAAAUUGUAAUGUGAAUGAAGUUGGAUGUAUUUUAGUUGAAUGAAUUGUGUUACAAGCCUGAUAUUUUUGCAUCUGUAAUAUCUAAACUAAUGUUUAUGUGAAAUAAAAGAAAGAAUGCUUCAAA